AUGGCCGUCCAGUCUUCGCCUCUAGAUGUCACCGCCAAAGAUGCGAGCCCCCCCCAGCCGUUCGGUGCUCUAAGAUCAACGGUGGCCACUGCUGUAGCGGCUGUUGUAUCUGCUGCUGCGGCAUUCCGGGACGCGGCAGAAGCAGUUCCGAUAAACGUACAAGAAGCCGCUCAGCAAAGACACGCGGAGGAGGAACGGUUAGAAACGUCGUUUUUCGACGGCGUGCGAAGCAGAGCGUCACCCUCGCUAUUGUCACUCGCUGCCAUGUCAGCAGCGCCGCUGGCCAUCCCCAUCAAGAGCUCUCUGACCGCCUUCUUCUCCAACCUUCGUGCGAACCCCACCUUCAUGUCGGCUCUUAUUGCGUGGGCUCUCGCGCAAAUCCUCAAGGUGUUCACGAACCUCUACUUCAAAAAGACGUUCGACAUCCGAAUGGUUGUGUCGUCAGGCGGCAUGCCGUCGUCGCACACCGCCCUCUGCGUCGCCGUCACCACCUCCGUUGCCCUGCUGCAUGGCGUGGGGGGCCCGCUGUUCCCCGUCUGUCUCGCGUUCUCCUCCAUUAUCAUGUACGACGCCACCAACGUGCGCUACCACGCCGGCGUGCAAGCAGAGGUACGAUCUUCACUCAAUGUGCAAAGUUUACAGCAGCAGAGGUGUGUGUCAGAGGGGUGGGUAGUGUUGCAUUGCAUGCUCUUUAUUGCUGCUGCAGAGCAGACCCCAUCUGCCUCGUGUUCUCGCUCAUCAUAA